CAAUCGGACCCAUUUCGGCCCAACACAAAGAUUUAUAGUGUAGGAUUAACCGGCACCCUCCAUCCUCGUCGUCUUCGGCUCCGUCGCCGCCGGUACUUCAAAAUCCGCCACCAUACCUCUUCCUUUUCCUCUCUACUAUCGUGUAAAUCAAGUUCGAAAGAGUGGGCAAUUUCAAUUCCUUGAUUAAUUUCUUCAAAAAUAAAAAAUAUAUAUUUGCCCUAAAUCAUGGAUCCGAAUGCGGCGCGAAUUGGAAGAGAUUCACUGGAAUUAGCGUUUCACAUGUCGAACAUUCUCGAAACCGGCCUCGACCGCCACACGCUUUCGAUUCUCAUCGCACUCUGCGAGACGGGUCUCAACCCGGAAUCUCUCGCCGCCGUUGUUAAGGAGCUUCGCAGAGAUUCACCACCACCUCCUUCUUCUUCUUCCUCCCAAGAAACAGCUGCACCGAUUCCUUGACUAGGAAAAUCCUAGAUUUGCUACUAACAGCAAUGCAAAAGAGAAUAUUUUGGAGAAGUUAAGGAGAGCAGAUUGAUAAUAAGUGUAUCCCCCUCCGAUUUAUUUUAUGUACUCGCGUGGAAUGUAAUUGCUUCAUUUGCUCACUCGCAUUUAGCGUGAAUGCUCUUAUAUCGACGAAUUUGCGCUGGAGUUAGAUAAGCACAUGUGUUUUCUGGCAAUGUUGUAUUUAGUGGUAAGAAAUGUAUAAAUCCGACUUUUAAUCGUCCACGUUCGAAGAUUCUUGUAAUCGUAAUAACAUCCUCCUAUUACUUUGAAUAUUAUGGUUUAUCUGCACUGUAGAUUAUUUUACUCA